AUGUUUUCUCAACAUUGCUGUGGCAUUGGGUUUCUAUGCAUGGGAGAGGAAAACAGCACCGCGGACAAUGCUUCUUCGCCUUCUUCAAUGUCAGCACCGACAUGCACCCAUCGAAAGUUAUGCUCCACGCGUGUUGUCAUUCGUCAUUCCACAGAGUUCCUUCCAAGUUCUCGGUCAAAGAGAAAUAGUGACGCUGUUGAUCCCGGUUUAUGUCGCCAUGAUACCUCGGAAGGAAGCUUCACCACCGCUGAUGCCAUGUUGCCACAAGAUUACCAACUAGACGAUGAAGAUAGAACGUACGACGUGUCGAAACGGCUUCCCAGCAUACAAUCAUCCACGUCGUCUUCUGCUGAUACAGCUCGCGGGGUUGAUCAACGAGAUAGCCAACAGCAACAACAACAUGACACUAGCAAGCUACGAGCAUUGAGUUGGCGACCAUCAGGGAUUGCAUUUAUACCACCACCUACCACGCAAAGUCGUAGCAUGGAGACGAGCAUUGUCAAAUGUGAUGUACUUCUAUGCAAGCGGAGCCUACGUUCUCAAAAAGCAGAUCAUCCUACUCAAUAUGAGGCAUCACGCAUGGUUGAGGAUUGGCGUCAAAUGCAAGUAGAACUUACGCAUCAAUCAUUGGCACUUUAUUCAUUUCCUCCACUGAUAUGGCCCGAUCGAUGGCUUGAGCAUGAUUUGAAAAUACCUCGAAUCACGCGUUUUGGACUCCUUUCUCCAUUGGAUUACACCUUUUUCGUAUGCUAUCAAACACCUGGUGGAACGGUGGACACGUUUUCAUUUCGUGCUCUUUCUAUCACUGUUUGCCGUGAAUGGUACAUGGCUCUUUAUCGCGUGUUGCCUGAUCAAGUCAAGCCUCUUUGUUCGCCUUGGUGCGAGGUGCAUAUACCCUUACUCGAAUUGCGAGUGAAAUUGCCGUUGUGGAACGAGGAUGGUGAAAUCAGAUACGACAUUACCUUGCAAAGUGUACACAACGCUGUGAUAUCCGUACUGCAACAAGAUGAGCAUUGGAAAAAGUUGAUCGACUCGGGUUUCAAGAAUAGCGAUCAGCUUGGCAUGUGCUGGUCGAGAGGCAAUAGGACUGAAUGGGUGUAUUGGAAUCGAAGCUUGACAGACCCUCAAGAAAGGAUCGAUCUUGUUAUAUCCCCGCAGCAUAUUGAACAGACGCAUAGACUUGAAUUACGACAUGUUGACCACGCUCCCAGCAACAUAUGGUUAGAGGAUGAUUCGAAGCUGCAGGAACCUCUCCCCAUUGAAGGAUACUUGACACGCUUGACAACAUUCACCGGCAAGCCCUUGUCGAAUGCACUAGGACGAUUGGUUCGGCGAAGUCACUAUUUUGCAUCUUUCGACCAGUAUUUGUUCAUAGUCCCACACGAUGCCAAGAUACCACCCAUUGAAAGCAAAUGUCACGUUCGUGAAACAGCAGAGUGCGUUUUUAUUUCAUCGAUUCGGCAAGAUCAGCUAGACUUUGAGGAGCAUCAUCGGCGAUUACAGCUUAUCACAUCAGCAGCCCAUGUGAUUGAUUUGACAGAGAUUUCCUAUGUUCGUCGCGUCUUUGAUGAUGAAGAGGGUGAGGCUUCAUUGCCUACAAGGACGACCACCUAUUAUGCCAGCAUUAUUCAGCAAGAAGAAGGAGGAGAAGAGGAAGGACGUCAACUUUCUCGGGGUCAAACUUGUAUCGAAAUUGUCAUGGUGAAUGGGAUGAUUCUAAAGUUCAAGCCCGAAUCCAGUGAUCUAAGUGAUACGUGGGUGUCGUACCUUACCAAGCUGAGUCUGUAUUGGCGAGCACGCAAAGAAGCUGAAAGAGACAUUCAUGCAAGUGAAGAUUUCGGGGAACUACUUGACGAUGAAUUCAGAUUGGUGAUGACGGGAGAGGAGAAAGGCAAGGAGUUUCAUCGUAAGCCCGAGGUGGACACACGGAUAUGGAACAUUUGCUCGUUUGAGGGGUGUCGAGAUAUCGUGAAAGCAGGGAUUAUGUACUUUCAACCUCGGUCACGCGGGACGUUUUCACAAAAGAUGUUUAUGCUGACGGCAAAUGGCUGGAUCAUCUAUUACAACAUGUUUGAAAGAGAGCCUUUAUCUUGCCAACCAUUGAAAACAGCCGUACAUGAGCGUAAAGGCCAAUUGGAUAUCAAUGAUUGCUAUGUAUACUCGUCUCCUUUUGAAGUGGAAUCGCCUUGUCGUAUUUAUUCAGAUGGUGGGAUCAGUGCUGACUCAAGCGAAGAAUGCCUAUUCUCACUGUGGAAACCCGAACGUCGGCGCGUGUUUAGUCCCAAGCGGCAACGGAUCACUGUGUACAAGAACAAUAAGCAAUUUCUUCAAGAGAAGGGUGAAACAUGGCAGUUUUUAGCAAGGAAUCGGCAUGAAAAGGAAGAAUGGGUAUCAGCUAUCAAUGUAGUUAUUGAGCGAUUACUGCGUGGACAGGAGUAA